CACACUUUUUACCUUGUCCACCGCUGCUAUGUGUGGCAUGUGGCGACAAACAAAAUAUCGAUUCACUUGCUAAAAUUAAAAGGUGUCACUAAGGCAUUAGAAAUCGCGCAACGUAAUUUUUUCACUUCGAGAAGCAAAGUGUUGAGAUUUUAUAUUAAUUAUGGCUGAAGGCACAUACGAAUAUGAAUGUAUGAGAGCGGAAUUGUUAGGUAUCGAGAAGCCUAAUGAGGAGGAAUUCGAGAAGGUGCGCGCCGAACGCUUGAGACGUGAACAAGAGGAGCAAGAGACUGCCGAGGCUGCGCUUUUAGAGCAACAGGAGGACCAAAUGCGUAAUGUAGGUGGACGUUUAGAUGAAUUGAAUACAAUACUCUCGUCGACACAGCAAAAAUUAAAUCGCUUCAAACAAACAGCCUGUGGUAGCCUCUCGAACAUAUUCAAUCGAGGCUCAGUAGAUUUAGUAGAUGGCACACCAUCCACCUCGGCGACAGCCAGUCGACGCAACACUACCGCAACUGGUGGCAGCAUUAGUGGUCAUAGUGAUGGAAAGAACGAUACAGACAUAAAUAGUACUGGAGAAGAUCGUGAUGGCAAGGAGCAGGAAGAUUCGGGAGACAUAAAGCCCAUCAUACCGACAGAGCGUAUCAAAGCCAAAAUGGAUUUACAAAAGAAGAUGAGCUCACAUUUAGACAAAUUAGACACAUUAAUUAACAAGGCCGAUAAUGCGGAAAUUUCAAUGUCAGAACAAACAAAGCAAAUGAGACAUAUGGCCAAGUAAGAGAACAAAAAGAGAGUGAGAGUGAGACGCGAGGACGGUAGGAUAGUAAAAUAAAUAAAAAGUAGUGGAUAUAGUAAUUUUAAGUGCACACACACUUGCAAGUGUUUAAAUGCUAAAAUGGAUAAAGAUUUAAAGAAAUUACCAAUUAAGAAAUUACAAAUCCAUAAAUAAAAUGGAUUCAAUCCGUAAACUAAGUAACGAUAUAUGUAUUCAAUUAAAAAGUUCUGUUACUUUAGGGUUUUAAUGUGUUACACAUACAUACAUACAUAUAAUGAAUGAGCUGAAAGGCGAAAACGGAAAGCAAAUAAGAAGUUUUAGGUUAAGUACUUCAUAUCCGCUAGGCGGUUUGUAACGCUUAGCAGCCGUUGUUAGGAAAUACUUUCGGGUUGGCUUUCCAAUGCUACCACGAUAAAUUUGCUUAUAAUGUCUAAGUGUGUGGAUCAAAUUUAAAAUGUAUAACACACAAACGUAGUCACUAUAUCAGCCUUUGUUUUAUAGUACUUUUUAUAAAUUACCAUUAAGAUUAAUAGCAAUAUUUAAUGUGAAAAAUGCUUAAUUUUUGCAUAGGCUUGAAAAAAUGCCCUACUACAGACGCUUAUUUUACUUAAAAGCAUAUAAACACAGGAAAGUAACAAUAUUCACUCAUAAACACUCUUUAUUAAUUCAAGAUUUGAUUUAAAGCGCUUUUUACUCAAUAAUACUACGAAUUUUCUUAAAAUUCUAUUAUUACAAAUGUUCUUCUAAAUGUUUGUAAUAACGUGCAAAAUAAAUGUGCGGGACGAACUGUCAAAGGAACGGCGAUAGUGGGAAAAGAAUAGAGAAAUAAAAAAUUAAAUUACACUUUGGCCGUCGUGAAACCAUUAUUUUCAAAAAUAGUAAAAAUUUGGACUAAAAAAUGAAUGAUGAAUGAUGAAAUAAUAUUUUCAUAAAUAGUGAAAAUUUGGAAUACAAAAUCGCGAGAAAAUAAUAUUUUCAUAAAAAGUAACAAUUUGGAAUAAAAAAUCGCGUGAUGAAUCGUUAAAUCAUUAUUUUCUAAAAUAGUGAAAAUUUGGAAUACAAAAUCGCGAGAAAAUAAUAUUUUCAUAAAAAGUGACAAUUUGGAAUAAAAAAUCGCGUGAUGAACCGUUAAAUCAUUAUUUUCUAAAAUAGUGAAAAUUUGGAAUACAAAAUCGCGAGAAAAUAAUAUUUUCAUAAAGAGUGACAAUUUGGAAUAAAAAUACGCGCGAUUUAUUAGUCUAAAUUUUCGCCUGUGGCGUUUUUUUGUUUGGAAAUGUACAUACUAUUAUAUAUACAUGUACAUACAUGUUACAAAAAAAAAUUUUUAAAAAAAGGCGUUUUUUUAAUUUUAAAUAUGUAUUUGUAAGAAUACUAAAAAUCUGCAACCAAACCAACCAAAUAUAUCGUGGUAGUAAUGGAAAGUUAAGCCGUACUUUAAAUUAUGAAAUAAAUGUCAAGAAAACCGCGUUAAAUCUGAACUGUAUCAAAUAUUUCAGUGAUUGUUUGUGGGCAUGUGUUUGAGCUCAUUACUGUUACACUAUUUUAGUCGUUCAGCGCGCUGCGUUGAAAAUAUCCCAAAAGCGACCACCAAAAUACAAUUUAUUGUAGCUAGAAUUUUUCAAAACAAUCAACCCAUAUUUAUAAGUAAUUAAAACCCAAACAUUUUAUGAGCACUGGAGCUAUGAAAUUUCAAAAUGCUUAAUGUACAACAAACCGACGCCGCAAACACAUCGAAUGUUGAAUUGUCUUUUCAAAAUAUUGAAUUUUUAGCUAAAUAGUUUUUCGUAUUUGCUGCAAUAUUUGGCCAUCACGCUAUACACACCCCAGCGCGCACAGAAGUUUCAAAUAUUUGGUAUACUUCUGUAGGCGAGUGGUGGAUUUAAGACGUUUUAAAUCUACGGCCUUACAAGAACCUAAAAAAUUGGAAGCCAUGCAAACGGGAGGCGGCGAACCAGCGCAAGCUCUAAAAACGUUGGAUUACGAAUGUAAGCAUAAACUAAUCAGCGAGCAAUAAAAAAAACGUGUUUUAUCCUUUCUAUGCAGAUACAAACUUUUCGAACAUUACAUUUUUAUUCACAUUCUUAUACAUCAUCGCUUUCAGCGUUAUGAACACACUUUCUUUUGACUAAAAUACUUGGGCGAAUUAUUGGUAAUUAAUGUUAAAGCGUAAAUCUUUAAUGGCAUAUACAUAUAUAUAUGAUGACAUAUAUACAAUGUUUAUAUCAUAUAUAUAAAUACCGAGUAUUUACUUAUCGAGUACCUUAAAUUGUUGCAAUUAUGACUAUAUAUUUUUCUGAUCCUACAUCGAUGUAAAAUUAGAGACAAAUCAUACUAUUUAAUUGUUGAUUACUUGAUUACAAUCUUAGCAAUGUAAACGUAUUACAAGUUCGUGAAUAUAAAUAAAUAUGUAUGUAUACACAUCAACACUCAAAAAUAUACUUAAAAAAAUGCGUUUUAAGCAGAUACUUAAACAAUAUAAACCAAG